GAAGUUCAAAGGAAAUAAUCUAAACUAAAAACGGAUUUGCAGUUUUAGUUACAGUGUGAAAGCCAAUUUCUAAAUAUUAACAUCAUAAUGUCAGUAACAUUACAUACGGAUGUUGGUGAUAUAAAAAUUGAAUUAUUUUGUGAGCAAUGUCCAAAAGCCUGUGAAAAUUUCUUAGCUCUAUGUGCAAGUGAUUACUACAACAGUUGUAUAUUCCAUAGAAAUAUAAAGGGUUUUAUAGUACAAACGGGUGAUCCCACAGGCACAGGCAAAGGUGGAACAUCUAUUUGGGGUAAAAAGUUUGAAGACGAGUUUAAAGAAGAAUUAAAGCAUAAUUCAAGAGGCAUUGUAAGCAUGGCAAACAAUGGUCCCAAUACAAAUGGUAGUCAAUUCUUCUUUACAUAUGGUGAACAACCACAUUUAGAUCUCAAGUACACAAUGUUCGGAAGAAUAAUAGACGGUUUUGAAGCUCUAGAUGAUUUAGAGAAGAUGUCAGUAAAUCCUAAAACUUUUAGGCCUUUAACAGAAGCAAGGAUAACAUCAGUAACUAUACAUGCAAAUCCUCUAGCUGGUUGAUUGUUUAAAUAUAAAAAAAGUAUUGUUUAAUGCAUUUAUUUGAUAAUUUAUUACAACAAAUUGAAAAGUAUUAAAUUGGAGAAAAUAUCCCUGGUUCUUGUAUUUUUUUAAUCUCAACUGUAAAAAUUUAUUUCAUAAACAAAGCAAGGGUGAGAUUUCUUAUAUCUUUCAAUUACUCUCUCUGAAUAUGUAAUAAGUAUUAUUGUAUGUACUGCUAGGCAUUAAUACUUUUUCAAUAUAUGUAAAUGUUUAUAAGUUCUAGGCAGAGGGGCAAACUG